AUGCCAGAUAAAUGGGUUUGUGACACAUGUCUUGUUCCUAAUGAUAGGAACGAUAAUAACUGCUCCUGUUGCGGUUCAGUAAAAGGUUCAGCAGGGUCCUCAGCCGUUCACCAUAACCUCGAAACCCAAGUUUUUCUGCAACAAAAGGUCGUCAAAUACACCGAUGAUCCCAGAAGAUUAAGGAAAAAUUAUUCACAAAGCGAUCUUAAACACACCGUAGUAUUUGUAGUCGGAUCGUCCGAAAUGGACCAACUUCCAUACUCAUGCUGUGAUAAAUUCAUAAAACCAGAAACAGGCGAGGUUGAAUCGAUGUAUGAAAGUUCGUUGCCAACACCAAUUGUAGAAUUGCCGAAAAUGAGAGUAUUAGAAGUCUCCUGUGGAGCUCUACAUACAGCAUUACUGACCAGCACAGGAUUGGUUUACACGUUCGGGUGCAACGAUAUGGGAGCUUUGGGAAGAUUAACCAACUCAGACCCAUCAUAUGGACCACUAGACUCAGAACCAGCAUUGGUGGACCUAAGGUUUUCAAUCAAAAAGGUAUCCUGUGGAGAUAAUCACACAAUGUUCCUUACCUUCACAGGAAACGUUUACUUCACGGGUGGCUUCAAGGAUAGUGAUGGUCCCAUUGGAAUUGCAGACUACUCAAACUUUGAAACCCUUACACGCUUGGACUAUGUGUCACUGCCCACAAAGGUGCCAUGCGAUGUAGAAGGCUCAACAGUGGUAAUAGAUAUGGCAAGCGGAGAAAAUCACUGUGUUCUAUUAUGCAAUGGAGGACAUAGUAUGUACACAUUCGGAAGUAACGAGUUCAAUCAACUGCUAAUCUGGGACACGUCGCAAAUCCAAAACGCAACAGAUAACGACGUGGAUCUGAGUGUACCAUCAAAUAAGAAGUUGCUGUUGACCUGGCCACAACAUAGAACCUUGGCAGAUGUCCUUUCCAUAUCCAAAAAAACUGAUGUAGAGGAAGAGGAUGAAAAUCUGACAACAACCCUAAGAACAAGAGGGAAGAAGAGAGGAAGAACCAACGAAGAACUAAUUGCACAAGUUUUCACAGGGAACUGUACCACAUUCUUCCAAACCAAAUCAUUGAGAGUAUACGGAGCAGGAAGAAACGCACAAGGCGAAGUUGGAGUAGGAAGUGAGGAAAAUGUAGUGACCAAACCAAAAGAACUGACCUUUUUCAGAGGAGUUGAAUUAACGCAACUAUCGGGAGGCCAAUUCUUUACAAUCGCCUUGGUAAACAAUUAUGUCUUCACUUGGGGAAAAUUCCAUUACUUGGGUAUAUCUGAAAAUUACCACAACCCUAACUAUAUUACGCAUCCGCACGUGAGACCGAAAGAAGAGGAAAGAAAGUUCUACCUAAGCCCAGAACCAGAUUACGAAGAAUACUCAGUAAGUAAGAGAAGGAGGUUAGAAGAAGUAGGAAACGAACUUGAUAAUCUAGAUUUGACAGAAAAAUUGUUGUCACUAGAUUAUGAAAGCAUGUAUAAGAGAGCACUAAAUUUAGGAAAGGCAACAAUGCCAUUGCUUGUGGAGUUCAAAGAACCAAUCAAGGCAGUCUUCAAUGGCUCAGAUAACCUCUUCGCAGCAACUUAUGAUGGAACGCUGUACGCAUGGGGAUCAGCCCAAAACUACACAUUGGGGAACGGAAAGGACUACUUUUUUCAGUAUUCCCCAGAAAUUGUUUCACCAUUUCACUUAAUGCACUGUAAAAUCACAGGUGGCUCAGGAGGAUCACAACACACCGUAAUUUUGGGACUGAAGAAAAGAAGUAUCAGCCAUCCAAGGCCGAGAUACUAG